GCCCCGCAGCGCUGAGCUCAGCCGCGGCUGCUCGGCUGCAGCCGCAUCGGCCGCCCGGGAGCGCCGCGUCCGCAGCGAGCACAGGUCUGCCUCCUGCUGCCCUGAUGCCUGGGCACGGACAGGGCGACAGCAAGUGACUCCCCAGAGGCAACUUCAGUCUUUAGCUUCUCCCCUCGGUGCUGGGCGUACCCUCAGACCGAGCCUGGGGCCCACGCUGACGGUGAGCUGAGCUUCAAGGGUGUCGUCUCCUUGAGGUCCAGACUGCUGCAACUUGGCAGAGGGUGGUGGAUGAUCUGAGCGGCUAGGCUGUGGUGUCUGAACCUGGGCACCGCCAACUCCCCGGCAUCAUGCUGUCCCCAAAGAAAGGCCUGCUGUGCAACCUCAACCACAUCCACCUGCAGCAUGUUUCCCUGGGGCUGCACCUCUCCCGGCACCCAGAGCUCCGGGAAGGCUCUGUCACCAUGGCACCACGCGAGCAGACAGGCUGCAGCGACUGCCAGGAGAACCAUGGUGCCCUGGAGCAAGUUGAGCAAGUUGAUGCCAACUCUAACAACCCCUCGCUGCAGUGCCGGUGCUGUGAGUCGCACGUGCCACAGCCGCUGAAGUCAGGUCUCCGGAACCAGCCUGCCCUGGGGGAUUUCCUCUCCCUGCCCAUGGAGGAGAACUUGGCUUCCCCCUCUGAUGCUGCCUCCUCCUCCUCUGUCAGCAGCUGCUCAGAUUUCAGCUUGGAUGACACCCCCGUCUCUGUUUACUGCAAGGAGUUCCCCAGUGAUGAGACCCAGUCCCCAGACCUGCAGCCAAACAUCAUCCCCAUUGAAGAUGCCCGUGACGCCGCACCACCAACCGAGCAGGGCACCAUCAUGCCGGAAGGAAGAGAUUCACGCCUCAGCCCACCGGAGUGGGAGCACCUGGAGGCUCUGGCCCAGGGUAGCCCGGACAGCCUCUGCAGCAGCAGCUCCCUCAACUCCCUGUCAGACACGACCUCCGCCAGCGUGGACAUGCCAGAGACCCCGGGGGAGCGCCCCCUCCCAGCCGUCGGCGGUGAGCUGGAUUCCAACUGCAAUGCCCUUCCUGCCAUGGGCAGCUCCCCUCCGGGCACCUGUGCACUAGCACCUGGACAGCUGGACCUCAACCUGAACGGAGCCCCGCAGCCUACACCUGGGCCAGCUAGCGGCCCACCCCCCGUGCCCCCGCGGCCUAAGAGAGGGCUGCAGAUACUGCUGAGCAAGAUGGCCAUGGAGAAGCCUGCCCCAGCAGAGGCACCUGCUGAGCCCAUGGGCAGCCUGGGAGAGCCACCCCGAGACCCCGCCAGAAAGAACAUCACCUCCUUCCACGAGCUGGCUCAGAAACGGAAGAGAAACAUGGCUGGACCCCCCCUCGCACAGGCCAAGAAGGACCGGAGCGACUGGCUGAUUGUUUUCUCUCCUGACACAGAGCUGCCACCACCCAGCGAGCUAAUUGCCUGUAGUGCCCAGGGCCAGGAGCUGCCCAGGCCCCAGCCCCAGCCUGGCAAACAGGCAAACCCCCCCAGUUCCAGCCAGAGGGAGGUGACCACGUUCAAGGAGCUCCGCUAUCGCAAUGCCAUCAACAAGCAGAGAGGCCAGCUGGCGUGGGGGGAAGGAGCAGCGCUGCAGGAGCUCCCCGAGCCCCAGCAGGCAGCCGUGGGCAGAGCCCUUCCCAGCGGCGAGGGGCUGCAGGGCCCCAGCUGGGCACCAGCUCUGCCACUGGGCAGCCACUCCGUGGCACCUGCGGAAAGCUACCCGCCGCAGAGGAAGAAGUCGCGGCCUGGGCUGCAGCCCAUCGCAGAGGGACUGCCCGGCGAUGCUGAGGACAGGGGGCUGCCCUCAGGAGGCUGUGCCCCCAGGAGGAAGCAGUUUUGGUCUGACUGUGAGGAGGAGGCUUCGGGGUGGAGGCCCCGAGGGCCUGAUGGAAACCCCCAGGAGCUGGGAAGAGCUGAGAGAGGAGACAGGACCUGCAAAGAGGUCGGCUCUUUCCUCUCUCGCUACCCCAGGCCUCAGACGCUGCCGUUCCAGCCUCUGCUCUUCCAUUUCUCAGCCGACGGGAAGUCUCUCUACUGCAGCUCGGACCCGGCGGUGCCUCCCCUGCCCUUCCUCCCCUCCCUUAACUCCAGCUUGGAGAGUGUUGAGCUGAAGUCUCCCGUCCUCUUCGCGGCCCCCUUCCGCCCCCCGCUGAAGACCCUGUCCUGCGAUGAAGCCUGUCUCCUGGCCAGCAGGAAGGGGGGUGCCCUGGGCGCCCUCUCCCCCGAGGAGCUGCUCCCCAUCCGCCUCUCCCCUGUUGGGGCCUACUCCCCGCCCCACCGGGGAGGCCUGCCUUUCCUGGGCAGCCCGGACCUGUCCGUGCUCCUCUCCCCGUUCUUCCCGAGGAGCAGGACCCUCCCCACCAUGGCCCUCCCGCCCCACGAGGCCUCCGCGCCGCGGUUCGGUGCCGAGGGGCCCCCAGGCCACUGCGCCCCGGGAGCGGCACGCGGGCGCAGGCAGCCUGGCGCGCGCCCCAGGCCGGCAGCUCCUGAGAGGAGGCGCAGCUGCUGUGGCCUGUGGGAGAGCGGAGGGGCCGCGACUCCACGACCGCCCAAGCCACUCCGACGCUGCCGGUCCUUGGCGGGCGCCCCGGGGGCGGCCCGGCCCCGCAUGGCCCCGGCCCCGGCCCCGGCCCCGGCCUGCCUGCAGCUGCGGGAGCAGAAGAAAGCCCUGCUGGUCGCUGUCAGCGCCUCCGUGGACAAGAUCAUCGCCCACUUCAGCGCCGCCAGGAACCUGGUGCAGAAGGCCCAGCUGGGGGACAGCCAGCUCAGCCCGGACGUGGGCUACCUGCUGCUGCGCACCUUGUGCCCGGCGCUGUACGCACUGGUGGGGGACGGGCUGAAGCCCUUCCAGAAGGACAUCAUCACAGGCCAGAGGAGGAGUUCCCCUUGGAGCGUGGUAGAGGCCUCGGUGAAGCCAGGCCCCGGCACCCGGUCGCUGCAGGCCCUGUACUGGCACAUCUCGCGGCUGGCUCCUCUCAGCAGCAGCAGGCAGCGGUUCCACGCCUUUGUCCUUGGCCUCCUGAACCUGAAGCAGUUGGAGCUGUGGAUCUCCUGGUUGCAGAAGAGCCCAGGUGUCAUCUCCGUCCUCUACUUGCCCUCGGCCUUCCUCGCCCUGAGCCAGGGGCCCCUCCCACACUUGGCCGAUGAGCUGCUGCUCCUCAUCCAGCCCCUCUCCGUGCUCACCUUCCACCUCGACUUGCUGUUUGAGCACCACCAUCUCUCUGUGGACAUAAGGCCCCUGCCAGACCCUGCCCCUGGCCCGACCCUGGUCCCUGCUUCAGCUGCCGGUCCUGCUGAAACCCGGGGCCCCCUCACCCAGGCUCAGGAGGCCCAAGCCGAGGGCCAAGGCAGCACCGACAGGGCCAGCCCGGAGCAUGGCGCUGCCCCUGAUGGCCUGGGCCGGGCAGGCCUCCUGGGCACAGAGGACAGCACAAGGCCCCAGCUAACAGCAGCUGCCACCAGCCUGUUCCCCAGCCCACGGGUGGGGGUCUCGCUGCAGCAGACCUUCCAGCACGUGCUGCAGUGGGGUGGCCGGCUCAGCCAUGUGCUCACAGGAGCCGACGGCCCUUCCCGAAGCCCUGAGCAUGACCAGGGCCCUCGGGUCACCAGGGCAGGGCUGGGUGGCUGGUGGGGGCAGCUGAGCCAGGCCUCAGCGGUCUACACAGCUUCUGGCAAGGAGGACUUCCCCUUCACCCGCUGGACAGCGCUGCGAACAGCCCCAGGGGAUCCCAGCCUGACUAACACAUCCUGCGGGGCACCAGCCAAGGGGCCCAGCAGCACGGAGCUGCAGCCUCUUGAGGCCAGGACUGCCACCAACGCUACGAGCCCAGACUCUACCAGUGGUGCAAGGGGCUUGGGGCUGCCCGUGCAGGCCACAGCCAGGGAGUCCACGGGCCCCGGGGACCCCACACUGCCAGAGCCUGCUGCUGGAGACAGAAGCCAGCCUGUGUUGGAGGAGCCUGGCUGGGGGAAGGGUGCCUGGCUGGGCCGCCUCUUUGGAGCCACCUGUCCAUCUGCCCGAGGCCUUCCCAUGGAGCCCGACACCAGUUCAGCCAGACCCAGGAGACCCUCCAGCUGGCUGCGCCCCCGCGUGAGCGUGCUCUCCCUGGUGAGGAAGGGGACGGCCCCUGAGCAGCCCUGGCCUCCAGAGCAGCAGAAGGAAGGGCCUGACUCACCUCAGCCCCACAGGGCAGUGCGGGCGCUGUGCGACCACGCAGGCGCCGGGCACGGCUACCUCAGCUUCCGCAAGGGCGACGUCCUGCAGCUCAUGGCCACCGUGGACGAGGACUGGAUCCGCUGCUGCCACAAAAAUGACACAGGCCUCGUUCCUGUCAGCUACACCUCCCUGAUCGUGUGAGGGGGUACGGCAGGGAGCUCCUAGCCCUGCCCCUGCCCCAGCUCUGUAGGCAGCUGUGGGGGCACCCCGGGCCAGGGGCUGGCAGGGGCCGCAUGGCACUGUCCCUCACGGGCACAGCCUGGCAGUGCCCUCCCUGCUGGUGCGUGGCUGCCUCGCCAUGCCUGCGUCAUCCUGGCUGUGCUCAUGGGCUCCUGAGGCCCCACGGCCGUCACCCUCAUGCUGCCCCCAUGCUGCUGCUUGUGUCCCGCUGCCUGCCACCUUGCAUGCCCUGGGUGGCCCUUCCCUCCAUGGCCACGCCAGAGCUGGGCUCCCACUGUCCCCUGGAGACAGCUGUGCCCACAGAGCCCAACAUGUGGCCUUGGGUGCGGGUGGAAAUAAAGAUGUGUGCGCAAGGCA